UCACGUGACCGUUCUUUCAGGAAGAGGCUUGGCGUUUGUGCGCGUGGGAAUUGUAUUUUUAGGGUAAAAUAGAUUAAAUUUUCAUAAUUUUAAAAUGGCAGAUGAAAUGCAACAAGAUGACAAUUAUGAAACAUUUGAAGAACAGAAUGGAAAUGCAGAAGUUAACGCCAAUGCUGAAGAUAGUUCAGAAAACCAACAGAUGUUAGUAGACGAAGACGAUGAUGGUGAAGAUGACAGAAAAGUUUUUGUAGGUGGAUUAAGCUGGGAGACAACCACAAAAGAUCUCAGGGAAUAUUUUGAAAAAUUUGGUGAGGUCACAAAUUGUACACUUAAAACAGAUUUAGAGACAAGAAAAUCCAGAGGUUUUGGUUUUGUUGUCUUUGCCACCACAGAAGCAGUUGAUAAGGUUUUAGCAGAAAAAGAACACAAAUUACAUGGCAGGACGAUAGAUCCAAAGAGAGCAAAUCCUAGACCUGUCAAUAAAAAAGUAUUUGUUGGAAGAUUAGAUCCUGCAAUCACAGAAGAUGAAGUUAAAGCAUACUUCGAAACAUUUGGUCCAGUUGAGAAGCUUGAGCUUCCUUUUGAUAAAACAAAGGAACAGAGAAGAGCUUUUUGUUUUGUUGAAUUUAAAAAAUUAUCUGCCAUGAAAAAGUGUUUAGAACAGACAAAUCAUAAAAUUGGAACACAGGAGGUUGAAGUUAAAAAAGCUACUCCUCCAGGAGGUGCUGCUGCUAAUGUCAGGGGUGGUCCAAGGGGUAGAGGCUUUGGACCUGCUGGUAGAGGUGGACGUGGUGGUAGAGGAGGAUUUCCAGGUUAUGGAUACAACCAAGGUUACGGCUAUGGGGGUUAUGGGGCUUAUCCUGGUUAUGAUCAGGGCUAUGGAUAUGGUUAUGGCGGGGAUUAUGGCUAUGGAGGGGGCUAUGGAGGCUAUGGUGGAUGGAACAGUGGAGGAUACGACCAAAGCUAUGGAUAUGGAUAUGGUGGUUAUGAUGAUUGGGGCUAUGGACAGGGAGGAGGUCAAUCAAAUUACGGUAAAGCGCAAAAGAGAGGCGCAGCUCAUGGAGGCUAUCAUCCUUACAAUCGCUAGGCAGGAUUACUAGCUGCUUGUGGGGGUGUUCAUGUCUUUGUGCUGAAAGCAAACUGGAUUUUUUGUGGAUAAUCAUUUUAUUGUCAUUUCAUUUUAUACAUGUUGUACUGUAUUAAAAUGAUCCAUCUUUUU